AUCAGCUGGGGUACGCACAUGUUCCAUGGAGGGAGAAGACAUUUCAUGCUCUGCACUCUCAUUGGUGCUGUUGUCUGGUCUGAUCUGACAUUUGUGCCUCAUCUAUGAGCGCUCAGCAUGCAGCCACCAUCUGUAGCAUGGACGGAAGGUGCGGGGGGAAGACUUUGGACAAGAGCCACCAUUUUCCCUUGCCGUCAUGGCCUCACUGCUAUUGUCUGAGAUACCCUUGCUGUCAGGAACAACGGCUGAGCCUGCAUUUCACUGUUGCUCUGGGAUGUGAUAGCUGGUAUGGUGCCUGCCUGGACCCAAGGAAAGGUGUCCCAUAUCCCAAGCAAGCUUUAGGAGCUGAUCACUCUUACCUACAAUACCUUGCUUUUGUGGUGCUUCUCUUCCUCCCUGAUCAGCCAGCUCUCGAUAUACUCAAAAUGUUGCUAGGCAAAUGUUCGGCCUCAGCUGCUGCUCUGACUGUGUAUAUGUGCUUCAAGUCUGCUCCUCAGUACCCUGUGGUCUAGGGAGGACUCUCCGCUCUCCUCUCCAGCACCCUGACAGUACCGCGCUGCCUGCCUGUUCUGCUCCCAGUUUUUGUUAGCAGGGUCAGGCUGAACUGUCCAGCUGGGCUCCGCUGAAGCUCCAUGUCUGCGUGGUUGUGACAACAGGCUGAAAUGUCAGAGUAGCUUGUGCAGAUGCAUAUGGGAUGACACUUCAUGCUCUUUAUUGGUGCACUUGAUCAGCUGCAAGAUAGCUAAAGGUUAAUGUUUGCAUUGGCACUGCCGGGCUUGUGUUUGCCGCCCCGCUCAGAUUAACUCGGUGUUUCCCGCUGCUCUGCUAGCUGCUCUUCCAGAUUCCUUGCAGCUUCAGCAGUUAUCAUCACACUGAUUUAUCAUCGGUCCCCAGUGUGAAUGUUUCCUUUGCAACCCUACAGCUAAGGCGCUGUUUUUAAUGGGAGCUUGCUGUGGACCAGAAGAUGGUGGCCAACAGCAGGAAGCACUGUGGGCUGGCAGGUUGCAUGUUCCAACCCCCCCAGCCAUGAAAUGGCCCUGCAGCUUGUGACUUUUCUUUAUUAUUGAAUGCUUUCUAUUCAUCCCCUGUUCUCUAAGAAUGUGGAUGUAUAGAGAUCACGUGCUCUUCAGGCUUUACUUAGUUAUCAUGAAAGCUAAAAUGCUGUAUUUUUAACAGAAACCAUAAUUUAACAGAAACCAUUUGCAUCUUUCCAGGUCCUGGGACCUUUGAUGUUAAUUAAGUCUUUUCUAGCAAUGGCAUUCAAAACACAUCGAACCUGGAACAUAAUUUGUUUUCUGGCUCAGUAGCCAGAGAUCUCAAGCAUUUGUGAGACUCCCUAGUCCCUUCUGGCAGCUCAAUUCCUCUGAGUUUGUUGGACUCUUCAAGAGGACGAGGUUCUCCCAGUUUCCUCUAAUGUAUACGGAGCUUUUCCUAUACAGCAUCUUGUCUGGUCCGUGCUGAGAACACGGGGUCUCAGAAGCCUGAGAAAACAGGCGAUUUAUUCUGGCACUUGCAGAGACGUCUUGUGCGGCUUCCAGCUGUCACUGCAGUCAGCGCUGUCACUUCGGCUUUUUUAGGAGAAAGGCCCCUGGGAGACAAGCUGGGGCUGGGGCUGGGGAUGUAGCAUUGUGCCUUUGAACUUGUCUCCUUCCAGGGAUCAUUUUCAGCGCUCCAACGAGAAGAGCCGCCUUUCUGCCUACACUGAGUCCAUGUGCUCCUGGCUUGAGUCAGAGGCUGCUGUCUUCUCUCCUGAUUACAAGAAGUUGUUUGACUUGGACCCUGACCUGUUGCCCCUCUUCCAGUACAACUGCAAGCAGUUUGCCAGCCCUCAGGAGUGCCUCUCUGCCCCCGAGUUCCUGGAUCACAUCAGGAAGGUGAUGCUGGUGAUUGAUGCCGCUGUGAACCACCUGGAGAACUUGUCCUGCCUGGAAGAGUAUCUCUGCAACCUUGGCAAGAAGCACCAGGCAGUCGGUGUGAAGGCCGAGUCUUUUUCGACUGUCGGCGAGUCCUUGCUGUACAUGCUGGAGAAAUGCCUUGGCGCUGCCUUCAGCCCAGACGUGCAGGAGGCUUGGAGUAAACUCUACGGUGCUGUGGUGAAAGCCAUGCGACGUGGCUGGGAGACCCUCCCAGAAGGGGACUAGAUCUUGCCAGCCAUCCCCAUCCCUGACCACGCAGUGGUCCUGGGCAGGGGGAGUGCUCAUGAUGCACUCUCUGCCUCCCUCCACCUCUGUCUUUCUCUGUGCACCAGCCCAUCGCCGUCUCCUCCAGUUUCGUGUGGUUUGGGGCUCUUCCAGUGAUUCUGCCUUGCUUCAACAUGACCACAUCUCUGCCUUUGCUGAGGGCUGGCAGGGUACGUCUCUGCAGCGGAGCCUAGGAGUGCCGCAGCACAGGUACGCCGCCCUGCCCCAAGCUCCUUUGGGCUAGCUGGAGCACCAACACCCAUGUACCUACUCUGGCUUUUAGCUGGCUUGUCUUCCUUCCUCCUGCUACCCACCCUAGUUAGAUGACAGCUGGCAUAGGCCUCUUGGGCUUGUUUGCCUGAGAUCCUACUUGCCGUGCCUAAGACCUGCCAGGUCUGGUACUACUCGCUCGUCCUGCCCUGCUGUGCCGGUUUCAACUGUGGCAAUGGAGGAUUUGGCUCCCUCCAGCAGCAGGGGCAGCAGAGGUGGGAGCUGGCUGUGCUAUGCCAUCUGGCCAUUCUCCCCAAACCUUGCUGGGAGCUUUUGCCCCUUUUCCUUCACUGACAUGUCACUAUCACAUGGUUAAUCCUGGUGCUCUCUUCUGCCUUGUCUCUCCCCUGGAUGGGAUCCAUGGCUUUUCCUUGUGUCAGGUUGGCCACAACUCAGUGUGUUUCCUAGGGAUGCUUCAAGCAGUGGGGUCACGUUAAUCCUGAGGUGAGGCUGUUUUUAGCAGGUCUGGGCUGCCAGCUGAAAGGCUUUGUGUUGGUUUGGCAGGUUGGUUUAACCUGAGAACCAGCUGAAAUGCAGCAGCAGUGGUGGGUCUUUACUGCUUUGUGUUAAGGAGAAUGAAGUAAAUACAAGGAAAAGAUGUCUUAAAAUAAAAAUGAGGGUUGCAAUCAUGUCAUGGCAACAGCUUCCAGAAAUCAUUCUGGCUCUUGGCCAGAGGGAGCAUAGCUGGAAUUUCUCUGUUGUUGCUGUCAGGACCUGGAGCGCAUCCCAGCUGCAUGCAGUGCCCAUCUGCAGAGCUCCUCACCCUUCAGUAAUCCCUCCCAGCCAUACUUGAGACACAGCCGCUUCAGAGCAGAGCGGGCACCCAUUUAGGUGUGUGCAGCAGUGCUGUCAGGACAGGGGUGAGAAGAGAGCAUCUGCUGGAAGAAAUCCCAGGAAAUGGCUGAGAGGCAGCUCCUGAGCUCUCAGGGCAGGGGGGAGCUGAACUUGAGCACUUUGAAGAAGAGGUCAUCUUUAUGGGGAAGUCGCUAUGGGACAGGCAGAAUGAUGUUUCCAGCCAUCACUAGCCCCAGGGCAAGGACAUGGAGCAAGUUUUCAGUUACAGCAGCGCCCUUUUUGCUGCUCUUUCAGGGCAGGAAAUGCCCGACGCUGAGGGCUGAGACCGUCCUGUUCUAGAGACGUAUUCCUCCUAUGCUUGGAUGUCCUGCACUCCGGUGGAGGGGCUGAUGAGCUGCCCUGUGAGAUGGGGCUUUGCUUCCCUGCCACCAGGCCUGGUGGUGGCCGUGGGCUUCCAGCAAGCAAGGAGCCCUCCACCUGUGUUUGGGAGGGGAGCUGAGAUGAUGUGGAACAGGCAGUGAACAUCCCCAUGUAGGAUGCUCGCUGUCCUCCCCACGGUACCAGGCUCUGCUCCUGCAGUCCUAGAGCAUGGUGGUGUGCAUCCUGGCCUGUGGCUCUCCAUCAACUGGGUCAGGUGAGGUCUUCCCCAUUCUUGUGCCAGGCAGUGAGGGAUGGAGGAGCUGGGGCUGGGGGGGAGGCACUAGCUGUGACUGCAUGGUAUGGGGCAGGAGGGUUUGGGAAUGGGGACAUCCUCUUUGCAGCCCUGCUCUGGGGCAUUGGCCUUCAGCAUCAUGGGGGAGGGGACCUUCUGGUUCUGUGUGACAAGUAGGCAGCUGUGCGAUGGGGUGUGGGUGUUACUGCCCCAAACUAUCCCCGCUCCCUCUAGCUUUCCCAGCUCCUUGACUUCUCCUUUUCUGUACCACGUUCUGUGUAACUCCCAAGAGACCUGAGCUAGUCUGUGUGCCUCUUAUACCCAGCUGUAUGGUUUAA